CAAUUAAUAUAUAGAGCCUAUAUAGUUUUUAUAAAAAAUCACAGUAUAGUAAAUAAGUUGGGUGGGUGGAUAUAUCCACUCAAGACCAGUUUCAAAUUAUUACAAUUUCUAUUAAAGGUGCAUGUUGCAAAAGACACUAGUCAGUUAGUCCAAUAUAUAUUUGGCUCUACUGGAAAUUUAGAAAGAUUCUCAUAGUACAAGCCGCUGCGUAGAAGAUGGAUAAGACUAUAAACUCGAGCUGGCGAUGGACGUACCAUGGCUUGGCUUGUAGUUGGGAGUGUGCAUUUCAUAUGGACAUAGAGGAAGGGUAAUGCCAGUGCCACAUCUCUCCAACUAUACCCACAUACAAACGUCAUAUGAACAUGUUUGUAUAGCUUAGGUCACACAUGCAUUCAAUACAAAUUAACAGCACUCUUCACGGGUCUACCUUCAUUGAUGAUUUGAACUUAUGACAGCCAGCCUAUCCAAAACAGUAGACUCAUGGAAUUUUAGGCUCUUCUUCAUCCAUGGAGGGGAGCCUCUGCAAGGAACUUAUGUCAUCUGCAGUCUUCUGUCUCAAUCCAAGUCCCCACCACACACAAAUUCACACUGCUUAACUCUCUCUCUCUCUCUCUCUCUCUCUCUCUCUCUCUCUCAUGUACCAUGCCCAUCACGUCUGCGAGCAAAUUAAGAGAGCAAGAUGGGCAGCAUUGUUAGCAAGACCAAGAGCAACCCAUGUGAGAAGGACCUCAACGGUUUGACACAGAAAAUAAGGGCUCUGCAGAAGGAAAUCAGCGAGAUGAUGUGCAGGAGAGAACGGGAGAGCAGAGCUUCUGAGAGAGAUGCCAUGGCGUUUGCGAAGGAGGGAGAAUGGAAGAGGGAGCGGAAGAGGCUAAGAGAGGAGGUGAGGAGGCUGAGGAAGAUGUUGGAGGAGAGGGAGGAGAGGAUUAGAGGAAUGGAGGAUGAGAUGAUGGGAGAAAAGACGGAGAAAGAGUGGCAGUUGUUGGGGACUAGCUUGUUGGUUGAGCAGAUGGAGGAGGAGAAAGCCAGGAGAGAUGAGGCUGUGGAGAAGUGGAAGAGGCUAUAUCUUGCCAUCAAGACUGAGCUGGAUGAUCUUAUCCAGAGGACACAUCAAGGAGACAUUCUCUAUUGGAGAGCUGAGGAAGAGGACUUGAUGGAUGAGCUCCAGAGGGAACUGAAAGCUAAGGAAGAAACUAUCAAAUUUUUGCAAGCACAAUUGGCUUCAUCAAAGCUGGAAGAGUCCAAGAAAGACAGGGAGGUUGACAUAUUAAGACAGAGUCUGCGUAUCAUGAGCAGCAAGAAGAAGACGGCAAACAUUGCUACAAGCCUAUCUAAAACCCUGCAUUUGUAAGAAUGACAAAGACCCUUGCAAGUUUCAUUUUGGAUGGUGUUCCGCUAAACCAUUCAUCUAAAAAAUGCUGAUAAAAAUUUGAGACCAGGCUGCAUGACGUGAUAAUACUGACAUGGAAGACGGGCUGGAAGGUCCAUAUCAGUUUGGGUUGGGCCGUGAUUGGCUAGUCCUGCAAAUCCAAUGUCUUGCAAGAUAUCAGAACAAGACGGUGAUAUGGAACAGGAGAUGAAAAAUUAAUGACAUUAUGAUUGUUGAUAAUCUUAAUACCACAGAUUAUAUGUAUUCUUUCAUAAACAAAAUUAAUAGCUUCUACUGCUACACAUUAGCAA